UUUCUUCUCAUCGAAGAAAAAUACGGCCCAAACACAAGGUUUAGACAACGCUAACGUAUAACCUGAACAACCUUCGCUUAGUCGCUUCUCUCUCUCCCGUUGUCUUGUCUUAAUCCUGUUUCUCAAAUCUUUGUCUCAAAACUCGGCCCUAGCUGACUCUGUGGAGCUCAAAUAGAAAUGAGUCAGGAAUCCUUCAUUUACAGUUUUGUUGCAAGAGGAACCAUGAUUUUGGCCGAGUACACCGAGUUCACUGGGAACUUUCCGGCGAUCGCGGCUCAGUGUCUUCAAAGAUUGCCUUCCUCUAAUGACAAGUUCACUUACAAUUGUGACCACCACACUUUUAAUUUUCUUGUCGAGGAUGGUUACGCAUAUUGUGUUGUUGCGAAAGAAUCAGUUAGCAAACAAAUCUCCAUUGCUUUUUUGGAACGCAUGAAAGCAGACUUCAAGAAAAGAUAUGGGGGUGGUAAAGCAGAUACAGCCGUUGCCAAGAGCCUCAACAAGGAGUUUGGGCCAAUUAUGAAAGAGCACAUGAAAUAUAUUAUCGAUCAUGCUGAAGAAAUUGAGAAACUAUUAAAAGUGAAAGCUCAAGUUUCAGAAGUUAAAAGUAUAAUGUUAGGGAAUAUUGACAAGGUUAUCGAUAGAGGCGAGACCAUAACGAAUUUGGCUGACAAGACUGAGAAUUUACGUGAUCAGGCCCAAGCAUAUAAGAAACAGGGGACACAACUCCGAAGGAAAAUGUGGUAUCAGAACAUGAAGAUUAAAUUGGUGGUUCUUGGAAUCUUAUUGCUUCUAGUUCUUAUAAUCUGGCUGUCCAUUUGCCAUGGAUUUGAUUGCACCAACUAGUAAUACUUCAGCACAUAUAUAUAAAUAGAGAGAGAGAGAGAGAGAGAGAGAGAGAACUCAAUUGCAGUCAUAUACUACAACAAAGAGCUUGUCAACAGUUUGCACUCGACAGGGGAGUUUUGGUUUGUCGGGAUUGUUUCUUGCCUGGGAAAUUUGAGAGCUGUCAUCAGAAGGCGAGGAAGAAAGCUGUAUCAUGUGUUGUACCAUCUGUGUCAAAAAUUACAGUACACUUUUUUUUUUUAAUUUCAUAUAGAAAUAAAAUUUGAUAAAACAUUUUUCACAUGAA